AUGAGGUUCUACGAUCCGCAGUCCGGGUUGGUAAUGCUUGACGGUCGCCCGCUUACCGAGUACAAUGUGAAAGCGCUGAGGGAAACCAUUGCCUGGGUUGGUCAGGAGCCGAAGUUAUUUGCGUCGUCCAUCGCCGAGAAUAUCGCGAUUGGGAAACCUGAUGCGACUCGCGAAGAGAUUGAGGAAGUCGCGAGAAAAGCCAAUGCGCACGAGUUCAUCUCGGCCCUCCCGGAUGGGUACGAUACGUGGGUCGGUGACGGUGGCAACCAGCUGUCAGGUGGUCAGAAACAGCGGGUGGCCAUCGCUAGAGCCUUGAUCAAGAGACCCAAAAUCCUCAUCUUGGACGAGGCUACAAGUGCUCUGGAUAACAAGUCGGAGCAGAUGGUCCAGGAAACGCUCGACGACAUUGUUAGCAAGUCCCAGAUUACGACUAUCAUCAUUGCACAUAGAUUAACGACCGUCCGCAACGCAGAUGUCAUUGCCGUGCUGAAUAACCCCACGGACAGACAUAGCAACUCCGGUGAUGGUGGCGGACAGGAGCUGGAAGAGAUGACUGGGAGCUCUGUGGUGGAACUGGGGACCCACGAAGAGCUCAGCAAAAUACCGGAUGGCAUUUAUGCCGCCUUAGUCGCUAUCCAAACAGAGGGGCCUACUGAAGAGGAUGAAACGGACCGGGCCUUGCAGGCCUCUGGAGGACAAGGAGCGUAUGAUUACAGUCCACAGGAGUCGGCAAUACUGGUGGGUGGCAUCCUGUCGAGACAGAUGAGUAAGCAGAACAGCAAGUCAUACCAUCAGAACAGCAAGCUGCGUCAGAACAGCAAGUUGCAUCAGAAUAGCAGGACGGGUGGCAGCUUCGAGAUGCGGACGCAGUUGAGCAAGCAGCUCGGUGACGUCGCGCGUCAAGAGAGUUUGGUCUUUACUGCCGACUACAAGCCCCCGCGUUUGUUCAGAAGGACUGCAGCCCCGAUUAAGUCCAAGAUGGUGCAGCACAUCCUGGGCGUCGUGUGCUACAUCGCAUACCAAUGCAUCUGGCCAAUUUAUGGAGCAUGCUACGGUACAUUUUUGAAGACGUUUGUGGAUGCGGAGAACCCGGACAGGCUCAAGCGCGAGUCCAGAAAUAAUACGAUCAUUAUGCUCUGCAUCGGCAUCGGCUCGUUUGUGACUUUUUGGGGACAGCGCUGGUUCGUCUCGCAGAGCGGCCAGGCCGUGGUCCGCCAGGCGCGUGAAGGUGUCUUUGGUGGCAUUAUGAAACAGGAGAUGGGUUUCUUCGACCAGCCGCACAGGUCCCCUGCGCGGUUAGGCCACAUCUUGGGAGCGGACACGUUCCUGUUGGGGGAGUGGACUGCAGGCAACACCACCAUGUGGUUGGGUGUCAGCGCAAGUUUGAUUCUCGGCCUAGUACUGUGCUUGCAGGUAAACCUGAAGCUGGGUGGAGUAGCACUUGCCAUCAUAGCGGCCCUGGUCCCGAUUACGUACGUGGCGAGCACUCUUGUGACCACAGGGGGGAGCAUCCGACUGACGAAGGGCGAGGACAAGCUAACUAGAACUAUGGGCGAUAUGAGUGCUUACGUGACCAGCGUUAUCCUCAAUAUCAGGACGGUCACGGCGUACAACAUGCAGCCUCAGUGCGAGGCCGAGUUCGACGAGAUGGUAAACAUUUUGCUCAAGGAGGGACGGAAACGCGCCCUCAUUGGUAGUAUAGCGAUUGGCACCAGCAACAUGUUAAGACUGGCUGCCUUCACCCUUCUCUUCUACUACGGCGCGACACUGAUGGCCAACGAAGGGUUGAAUGCCGUCGACAUGAUGCGAGGGUGCAUGUCCUUCUUGCUGGCAGGACUGCAAGUGGGCAGAAGUCUGGCUGGUAACGUCCCUUACUCUCUUGGCAAGAAUGCGGCUCGGAACGUGUGGACCGUCGUUGACAGGCUUCCGCAAAUUGACGAAGACAAUUCAAUGGACCCCACGCCGGGGGCCAUCGAAGAAGUCAAGUUCAGCAAUGUCGCCUUCAAGUACCCCACUAGACCGAACCUUCCGAUUUACAGAAACAUCAGUUUCAGCGUUCCCCGAGGCAAGAGCGUGGCACUCGUGGGUGCUUCGGGCUGCGGCAAGUCUACUGCGGUGCAGCUGGUCGAGAGAUUUUACGACGUCUUUACGAAAGAGGGCCAGUCGUUCGGCAAGAUCACAAUAAACGGGGUCGACAUCCGUGACUACUACGUCAAGGGGCUCAGAUCCAGAAUCGGUCUGGUCUCGCAGGAGCCGAGCCUGUUCAGUGGGUCGGUCCGCGACAACAUUUUGUACGGCAACCCGGAAGCUUCGGAGGAGGACAUUAUUGAAGCGUGCCGCGAGGCGAACGCCUGGGGCUUCGUCCAGGACAUGCCUGAAGGACUCAACACAGAGGUCGGCCGUGGCGGCUCAAGGCUUUCUGGUGGACAGAAGCAGCGAAUAGCCAUCGCCAGGGCUCUCGUCAAGAAGCCGGAGCUGCUUAUUUUGGACGAGGCGACCUCUGCUCUGGAUGCCGCCAGCGAAAAAGUGGUUCAGGAAGCUCUCAACAAGCUGCUUGCCACAAAGAAGUUCAACGCCCUCGUCAUCGCCCACAGAUUAAGCACCAUCCGCGACUGUGACUACAUCGUGGUGUUCGUGAACCACAACACUCGUGGCUCUCAAAUUGCAGAAGUGGGCAACCAUCAACAACUAAUGGCAAUCAAGGACGGAGUAUACAGCAAGCUGGUUCGAAUCGCGGAAGGCGCAAGCCAUUAA